GCGUGCAGUUCAUUCCAUUGCGCGACGUACUCACGGUCGGUUCGGUUUUGCUGGCUUUCCGCGUUUCUCUCUUUCCUGUUCCGCGCGUGCUGUGCGACCCCGCCCUCCCCCUUAAACGCUGCCCCUUUCGUGUCUCUUCCACAUACAAACACACACACACAUACACACGCAACGUCCCCAGCCCAUCGAAGGUGCGGGGUUUACCGUGCCCGUGCGAGCGCGAUUCCGACGUUUGGUUGUGUUCCAGUGCGAGUCUCCCGCCGUGUUGGGGUCGAGAUUGAGUGAGGUGUGUGGUGUUCAACUUAGCCAGUGAUUGUGCGGGAUUGUUGUGGAUCUCCCUCCCGCUAUUGGUGGAUAGAAGAAAGCCACCCUUUAGAAGUAGGGUUGCAUUAGAAGAAAGUGUUGUUCCUGUGCGUUUGGCUUUUAUCGUACGAUUUUCGGCUGAGAGUUUUUGAGUGCUUCAGUGUGUCGGUGUUGUGUGUCCUAAAGCGUGUGUUAGAUAAUUAAUGCAGCCGAAAAUGCAAGCCGUCCAUUUCCUGCCCCGUUGUGUGCUGCUGCUGUCGGUGUGCGCUGCGUUCACAGCCACCACCACACACGCACAGGUUGUCGACACAGAGCCACGAUCGAUCACAGUGGUCGAGAAUCAGGAAAACGUUGAGCUACACUGUCGGAUAGGCCGUCCGGCCCAACUUUGCCUCAUACGGAUGCCCGGCCUCAAUGAUCAGAUUGCGCUGAGUCCGACGGAAAAGUCGCCCGUUGCCGGCUAUCACUACCACGGCGAAGGGCUGGACAAGGGCUCGUGCGGUGUGCGCAUCGACCGUGUCACUGCCGACAAUGCGGGACUCAUGAACUGCACACUGUUCGUGGACGGACGAGGGCUGACCGGCUCGAUCGAGAUUGUAGUAGCAUUCCCACCACAACAGCCCGUGAUUGAGGUGGUCCAGGGCAAUUUGGCCAACGUGGAAGUGAACAGUCAGCUGAUGUUCCGAUGCACGGCGGAACGCGGCAACCCGGCAGCAAACCUGUCCUGGUUUUUGGACCAGGAACAGAUCUACGAGGGUGUACAGUUCCCGGAAGCGCCAGAGGAGUACUAUGACGAGCGCUCCAACAAGCAUAUGUUCACCGCGACCUCCACCCUGAAGCGCGCCGUUCGUGCGGAAGACAAUGGCAAACGCUUGACCUGCCAGGCACAGCAUCUCGCCUAUCCGGAAGGUGUUUCGCGCACGGAUCUCAUCCUGGACGUAAACUUCCAACCACAAGCCCUGCCCGACCAGGUCGUCUACGGACUGCAGCUGGGACGUACGGCUACGGCAAGCAUGGUCAUCAAGGCGAACCCGUCGCCCCACGUCAUGUGGAACAUUGACGGCACGGAUUACCAUCAAGGCACGGAACAGGGCCGGUACGCGGUACCGAUUCCGGAAGCUCUGGGCAACAAUCGCUACAACGUGUCGCUCACCAUCGCCGGCCUGACGCUGGAAGAUCUGUCCAAAACGUACGUGCUGCGCGCCUCCAACAACUUCGGCGUGGAAGAGUACCGCCUUACCCUGCGCUCGCAGGACGAAGUGUUCAGCGAGUCGAGCAGUUUCGGCACCGGCGAGAUCGUCGGGCUCGUGCUGGCCGUCGUGAUCGUGCUGCUCGCCGUUGCGCUGAUCGUGGGAGCCCGUGCAACCGGCAGAUGGUGCUUCCGUGGCGCCUCCCUCAAUACCGAUAUCAAUCCGGACUCGGAGGCCCAGAUUGCGCCGCACCCGCACGACGACGAGAUUGACGAGCGGCUGCAGACCCAGGACCCGGCCGCCCACUACGUCCACGAAGGGGACGAGCGGCACGCGGCAGCGACCACCAACGGCAAGCACGAGAACGGCAAGCAGGCGGCGAAGCAGCAGCCGGUGGCCGCCCCGAUCGUACCGCCGCCGGCAGCGGCCAAGCAGGAGAACGGAAAGUCGGCCGACAGCAAAACGAACACAUCGGUGUAGAUUUCUCGCCACCGCGCACACCAAGUCCUCCACUUUACACCCCAGGAUGUAUCUGCUUAUUUAGCACUUGUGUAAGGAUUGUGAUUGUGUGUUGAGGGAGAAGGACAGAGGAAGGAGGAAGAAGGCAAAAACCGCGGUUGUUGUUGUGCAUGAAAAGAAAUAUUAGCACCACGAUGGUGGUGGUGUGUUCGACAUUCAUUCAAAACCACUUCCGGCUUGGGCGAACGAGAAAAAAGUGCGUAGAAAAGAAGUGACGCCGGAAGUGAAGAUGACAAGAGAGGAGAGGAUACGACAACAACAGCAUGAAGAAGAGGUGAACUAAUUAACGACUGCUUUCGAGAAGAGGCGAGAGAGAGAGAGUGUGUGUGUGUGCAGAAGAAAAGAAACAUUAGGCCAUGAUUGAAGGACUAGACCGUCAAUUUCGGAAGAAAGCAAGGCAAAGGAACCGAAAUAACAAACCGUUCAAAAGCAAAAAAAAAAUAGAAACACAAAAUCACUCGGCAAGACACAACAAAACAAGGCUAAGAGGAGGAGCACAGGGCGCAGCACAAAAACAUCUCCAUGGAGCAUGGAAAUUAAGCGGGGUUUUUCCCCGUCGUGCGGCGCCGGGUUCCUUGUGUGAGUUCUAGAGGAAGCUUUUCCUCUGCUUGUUGUUGUUGUUUUUAUCAAUUUCCUUUUUUUGGUCUUACGUCGAGUGGUGGGAACUGUUUUGGCAUACAAACAGAUAGCACGAGUCCUGCUGCUUCUUAUACGGAUAUGAUUGGCUCCACGCUUUCUCUUAUUUUCCAUCGUUGAUUAAGCCAGGGGUGAUUAAUGCAACCCAAACAAACAAACAAAAAAACCAACACACACACACAACAGGAGAUGCGUUCCUUUUACUCUGCUUUUCGUUAUUUGAUUAGUGUGUAGGUAGCGGCAGCGGCUGCUGCUGGAAUUGUUUUGUUUUGCGAUCGUCACUAACAGCAUAAUGAUUGAAAUAAUCGAAUCUCAUUGAGAAGCGAAGGGCGCGCGAGAAGCAAUUAGCAAAACCAACGAGAAUCCUUAAAAAAAUGAAGGGGAAAAAGCAGAUUUUACCCAAUUUCGAACCUGGAACUGCGUGCGUAUGCAGCGGUCGUUCCCUUAACAAAACAUGGCAGAAAAUUUUAAUUGUGAAAUGUUUUUUUGAGCGAAGGUGUAGCGCUACCCGAAAUGUGAAAAUCCUUAAUGUUGAUUUUAGUAUUACUUAAAGUAGAACGAUACGAGGGAAGGAAGUGCGUAAUGUAAUGGAAAGUAUACGUAUAACGAAAAUACGACAAAUAGAAAGAGAGAAGAGAGUGAAAGAUGGCAGUAUCGGCCGGUAUGAAUUCCAGUUGUUGGCAGUUUUUGGCAGCAGUACGAAAUUCCACACACACACACACACACGCAUACAAAAACCCUAAAACAAUUCAUUCGAACAGUUUUCUUACAGUAAAACCCCGUACUUAACGGAACAUUGAAUAAACUUAAAUCUUUUGAACCCCAAGACGGGAUUGUUUAGUUAAGUGAGUACAGUACAGUUUGACCCCAAGACGGGAUUAGGUAAUAAGGACGACACGAUAACGAAUGCGGAAGGAAGAAAAGGACGGUAAUGAUCGUAUGUGUCAACAGGAAGCUAAUUUAAAUAGUGAAAACGAUACGAUAUGUGUAUUUCAUAAGCACAGCGGAAAUGUGUUGAUCUUUUCGUUAGCGGUUUCGAUUAAGCUCUAAACUAUUUGCACAAAGUAUGCAUAAUUGCGGGAGACGGCAGAAUUAGAAGGACAGCAAAGAGAGAGAGAUAGAGAAGCGGUUAUGAGUGGUUAUGAGAAUGUUCUGCAAAUAUUUUUUAUAAAAAAAAAGAAACAAACAAGAUGUCACCUACUGCUGCUCCUGCACCCUUAUUUAACACCUUUUUCCCCGUAACUUUGUUGCCGGUGGAACCAGUAGCGUGUGACAAAUGUCUUAAAAAAGACCAUAUAUUAGAUUUUAUUUCCACUGCUAGAAGGAUCUACGACCGUAAUUAGAUGCUAAUUUAACGACUAUAGGAAGGAGCUGCAAAAUAUCUUUAACGCAAAACAGAUUGUGUUCAAAUUUUAACAGACUACAGCGUGCGCAAAGCAUAUCAGAAAGACAAUGGAUAUUUUGCACAUUUUGCAAACAAAAUCUCUUCUAUACCCCACUCGUUUACAUUACGAAUCUCAAGGAGCUGUUUCUUGUAUGAAUUUUACAUCAAAUAAUUAUCAUUCAAAUAAGCGAAUUCAAAUUACCAAUCAUAGAAGCAAGAACAACAAAAUCACCCAUUAGGUUUUAUUUAAACCAACAACGCAACGCGAUCGAUAAACUGCGCGAACACAAUCAGAACCGCACGCACAUAGCGAAGUUAACAAAAAAUCACGCACGAAACUGUGCUGAAUUUUUUAAACCUUAUUUCUCCGUUUUUUUACAUACUUUCAUUGUAAAUAUAUACCUCCAAACGAAUAAACAAGCCUCUACAAACCUCUUAA